CCUUGACUCUGUGGUUUAACCCACAGUGCCACCCGCGUCCCACAAGCACAACUUAGCUGGUCCAUUUUACACUUCAGGGUUUGUGCCUGCCAGCAAUGAAAUCUCAAACAGCAGCGGUUUGCAGCCCUUGAGUGUUUAUUCUCCUUGCUCAGCCCUGGUUCUGCUACGUUCUUACGCUGAUGAUUCCCAGCUACUUCUGUGUCAGUUUAGAAAAAUAUAAAGGAACAGUCCCUGACUCUUUCCUCAGGGUCUUUAGGUUUCUUGUCCUUCCUUCUCCCAAUCUUCCUCUCUCCUUUUAUAGCAAGCUCAGAGAGACUCCAGGCUGUCAGCUGCUAGGCCAAACAGACUGGACGCUGGACCAAAUAAAACCCAGCAAAAAAGACUUGAAGCCAACACCCCUCGCUCAUUUUUGUCCUGCAACAAACAAUAUUUAAAUGGCCCCCUCUUGUUGCUAUAACUCAUCUAAGGUUGCAUACCUGCACACUGUACAUUUAAAGCACAGUCUCUCUCAUCACCCCAAGAACCCUGGGUAAUGUUGUUUGUUAGAUGUGCUGGGGAUUUUAGCAUUAUUGGGGGUAAACUACAGUUCCCACGAUCCUUUGCAGUGUUCUAAAUGUUUGGUGUGGACGCAGCCGUACAUGUUAAUAGCUUCGAGGCUCACUUUCUUUUUAAUUGGAGGAAAUACUAAAGUCAAAGGAACACCAGGACUGAAUAAGAAGAGAACAAUCAGAAAGAAAGUAUAGCCUUGGCAGUAGCUGUGAUAGGAUAUAUUCCUUAAGUUUAUCCGAUGCCAGAGCCUGAUUAAUUAUUCACUUAAUCCAUAGCCAUGAUUGUGUUUAAACAUUAAUUUCAGUCCCCAGGUGUGAGAACCAUGCAGACCGGCUGCCAAAGAUCCCAGAAUGAUCAGUUUUGGAGACAUCUUGAAGGUGAUCGGAGAAUUCGGCAGGUUUCAGAAAUGGCUGGUGGUGCUGAACUGCAUCCCCAAUUUCCUAAUUCCCUUUCACGUGUUCGGACAAGUGUUCAUUGUCAUGGACGUGCCUCACUACUGCAACACGAACUGGAUCCUGAAUAUUACCCAAAACCUGACCCAAGAGCAGCAGCUGAACUUGACCGUUCCCAGGAAACCAGAUGGCUCUUUUGAGGAAUGCUCCAUGUUUACUCCUGUGGAAGGCGAUAUCGAUUCAAUCAUAAAAGACGGACGAAAUUCCACGGAAGCCUGCCGAGAUGGUUGGGUCUACCCCACCGAUCCAAAGCCAUCGUUGCUGACAGAGUUCAACUUGGUCUGCGACCGAAAGGACUUAAAAGACAUCUCUCAAUCCAUUUACAUGUCAGGUCUUCUUGUGGGAGCUUUGGUCUUUGGCCCACUGAGCGACUGGAUCGGAAGCCAACGGAUGAUCUGCUCACCCUCCUCCUCAUGGGUGCCUUUGGUGUCGGGGCAGGCUUUGCGCCAAAUUUCUACCUCUACAUCGCCUUGAGAUUCAU